GACGUGCUGGCGUACUGUGCGCUGCAUGUGCACAAGACUAUCGUGCAAGCAAGAACGUUUGCGUCGAAUGCAAGAACGUUUCGUUGGAGACGAGACUUUCAAUCGGAUUGGGCUGCGCUAUGAUGCUGGUGAUAGUGGCUGCCGUAGCAUGGAUACUGAGGCGCCACGUGCCACAGCUGAGCCCUCGCAGCGAGUGCCUCCUGCAGCUGAUCAUAGCGCAGCUAGCAGCGCUGCUGCAGCUGACGCAGCUCUGGACGGUGCUCGGCGCUUUGACGCCUGCGGUGGACCCAGCGGCAAAUGUCGCAGACGCGGCAAACGUCACAGAGGACGACAACUCGCAAAGAACAGCGUGUGACAUCAGCGAACACAUCAUGCCACUGAAGACAGACGUGCGUUUUACAAUCUGCCCCAGUCUUGAAUCCACUUUGAGUCAGUGGACUGCAUGGGAUGACGAGCUCAGUUCCGACUCAAGAUAUCAUUUACUGGUCACAGAUGUGCAGUUGUUUGGACGCAUGCAGGAACAUUCAGGUCGGCACCAGCAUUCGAUCACCCUGUCCUCUUCACUCGAUCCUGAUCAGAACCAGGUUGUUCAUGUCGAGCUUCACCUGCUCAGUCAUAUUGAAGUCGUGGAGCUUUUGUGCCGUGUGUACCGAGAGAUGAGAUCUACUCGCAUCGAGCUAGAAUCUCUCCGUCGCGAUUUCAUGGAUCUGCGCAACCGUUUCGGGAUGUCAAUGGAGAACCUCGCAACUUGGCGAGAGGAACUGGCACCGCUACUAGGACAAGCACCCUGGUCAAGUGACUGGAUGUUCAGUGCGUCAUGCAAGGCUGAGUUGCCGCCGAGUCUGACCACCGACGGUGCAGAAGGUGCACUGGAGAUUGCUGUCAUCGGACGACUGAUUGGGCACAGUGAGCGGCCUCCUGCAAGUUUCGAUGCAGUCAAAGCCCAGCCGGAGAUGCGCUACCGCAAGGCCCAUCAAAACGGUGGGUCAGAUGGCCUCAGCCUUGAAGAAGUUGCGCCAGCGAGACUCUAUGGCCUGAGUCACUUCAAUUCUAUUUUGUACUGGUCUAUUGAGACCGUGGCCUACCCAGGCGAUCCACUGCUUGGAUACCUGGAAGCUUUGCAAUUCACCAGCUCUGAAGUGCAAAACUUCUUGGCUCUGCAGUGCUUUUAUGACGGCGCCACCGUUCGUUCGAUGUUUGCCAUUGCUACGCCGCUGGUUCCUUUGCUGCUGCUGAUCGCCUGUGGCUGCGUGGAAGUUUUCUCACGCGGAUUGGGCAUCCGCGUUGGGCUGAAGAUGCUCACGGUGCUUUUCAUUGGUGGUGCCUCUGGCAGUGCGCAGCUUUUAGGCUGCCAGCGGACAGAUGGUGCAGGCACAGCAUUGAAGGAGUUUGCCUUCCGCCCACUUUUUCCACACGAACGCUGUGAAGAAGCCAUUUGGGUGGAUAGAGUUGGCUGGGCCACCGCCAUUUGCUACGGCUUCUUCAUUCCCUGCUUCCUGGGGUUUCUGUUCGCCAAGCAAAAUGUGGUCAUGCGAAAGGUCAAGACAGUGGUCAUGCAAACUGCAGGUAACGAAGCAAAGGUCACAGUGCGGCUGCAAGGUCCGAAAAGUGAAGAAUCCGAAAAGGAUGCCUUGGCCCAGCACCUAAAGGCCGCGGCAGCAGCCUAUGUUGCAGUGCAUGUGAAAGGUCGUGCGACCGUGGAAUUGCAGAAGGACGCGACGUAG